AAGAGUCUCAGGGACUUUCUUGCACUUUCUUGGAGUGCCCUGACCACGUCUACGUCCCAUCCUUAACACCAUGGCUCCUGGAGAGAAGAUAAAAGCCAAAAUCAAGAAGAAUCUGCCCGUGAGAGGGCCCCAGGCCCCCACCAUCAAAGACCUGAUGCACUGGUACUGUAUGAACACCAAUACUCACGGCUGCCGCCGAAUCGUGGUGUCCCGGGGCCGCUUGCGACGUGGAUUGUGGAUUGUGUUCACGCUCACAGCCGUGGCUCUCAUCAUCUGGCAGUGUGCCCUCCUCGUGUUCUCUUUCUACACCGUCUCUGUGUCCAUCAAAGUCCACUUCCAGAAGCUGGACUUCCCCGCUGUGACCAUCUGCAAUAUCAACCCUUACAAGUACAGCGUUGUGCAUGACCUCCUGGCCGAUUUGGAAGGAGAGACCGAAGCUGCCUUGAAGUCUUUGUACGGCUUUGAAGAGGUGCAUCAUCGGAAGCGCCGGGAAGCGGGGGACUGGAGCUCAGCCUGGGCAGGCGGCCCACCCAAGUUCCUCAAGCACAUCCCUUUGCUCAUCUUCAACGAGAAUGAGAAGGACAAGGCCAGGGACUUUGUCACCGGCCGCAAGCGGAAGAUCAGUGGAAACAUCAUUCACAAGGCUUCCAACGUCAUACACGUCCAUGAGUCCAAGAAGGUGGUGGGGUUCCAGCUGUGUUCAAAUGACACCUUUGACUGUGCCACCUAUACCUUCAGCUCGGGCAUCAAUGCCAUCCAAGAGUGGUACAAGCUCCACUACAUGAACAUCAUGGCGCAGGUGCCUCUGGAGAAGAAAAUCAACAUGAGCUACUCCGCAGAGGAGCUGCUGGUCACCUGCUUCUUCGAUGGCAUGUCCUGUGAUGGCAGGAACUUCACGCUCUUCCAUCACCCCAUGUACGGGAACUGCUACACCUUCAACAACAGAGAGAACACCACCACCCUCAGCACCUCCAUGGGCGGCGGUGAGCAUGGGCUACAGGUGAUUCUGUACAUCAACGAGGAGGAAUACAACCCCUACCUGGUGUCCUCCACUGGAGCUAAAGUGCUGAUCCACCGGCAGAACGAGUACCCCUUCAUCGAAGACGUGGGGACAGAGAUCGAGACCGCGAUGUCAACCUCCAUAGGAAUGCACCUGACGGAGUCGUUCAAGCUGAGCGAACCCUACAGCCAGUGCACAGAGGACGGGAGUGACGUUCCGGUCAAGAACAUUUACAAGGCUGCUUAUUCCCUCCAGAUCUGCCUAUACUCAUGCUUCCAGACAAAAAUGGUAAAGAAGUGUGGAUGUGCUCAGUACAGCCAGCCUCUUCCUCCAGGCGCCAACUACUGCAAUUACCAACAACACCCCAACUGGAUGUAUUGCUACUACAAGCUGUACCAGGCUUUUGUCCGGGAAGAGCUGGGCUGCCAGUCGGUGUGCAGGGAAACCUGCAGCUUUAAGGAAUGGACCCUGACCACCAGCCUUGCCCGGUGGCCAUCUGAAGUCUCUGAGAAAUGGUUGCUGCCUGUUCUCAUCCGGGACCAAGGCCAGCAAAUAAACAAAAAGCUCAACAAGACUGACCUGGCCAAACUCUUGAUAUUCUACAAAGAUCUGAACCAGAGAUCCAUCAUGGAGAGUCCAGCCAACAGUAUCGAGAUGCUCCUGUCUAACUUUGGUGGCCAGCUGGGCCUCUGGAUGAGUUGCUCCGUCGUCUGCGUGAUCGAAAUCAUCGAGGUCUUCUUCAUCGAUUUCUUCUCCAUCAUUGCUCGCCGCCAGUGGCAGAAAGCCAAGGAGUGGUGGGCCCAGAAGCAGGCACCCUCCGGCUCUGAGACUGCAGCCAGCCAGCAGGGCCAGGACAACCCAGCCCUCGAUAUAGACAAUGAUUUGCCCACAUUUACCUCCGCCAUGCGCCUGCCUCCAGCCCCGGAUGCCCAGGUGCCGGGCACACCACCUCCCACAUACAACACCUUGCACUUGGAGAGAGCCUUUUCCCACCAGCUCACGGACACCCAGCUGCCUAGUGAAUCCUGAGGCAGGAUGGGACAAGACUGGGUGAUCAGGACCACCCACUGUAGGUGGGGGAGAGGGGUCUAAGGACUUAGCCCUGGUCCCCCCAAGCUGAGGGGGCCUCCUGAGAACCAGGUGGGCCCUGCUGGGCUCUGCCUAUCAUUCUCACAUGUGAUCAGGCCGAGAGGAGCGAGAGCCUGUGGUCCACACUGAGCAUGCCCAGGAGACUGAGGCUGAAGCAAUGGGUCUGGGGAGGGUCAGUCUUGGUGGAAGCCAAGCUGAGUGUUCUUCCUUAGGUCUGGAGAGAGAAGGAUGCUCUUAAACCCCAAGCUCAGGGCUUCCCCCACCUUCCUGGCCUAGGCUGGGGCUUCAAGAUAUGGCUUUAGGUAGCAAAUCUGGACACCCACUGCCUUACGCCGAAGACAGGAGGAGGCCUCGCCCCGGCCCUGGCCAUAGAGGUUGGGCAAUGAGCCCAGGGUCUGGGAGUGUGUUUUGGGAGGGGCACAACAGAGAGAGGUGUUCCACUCCGGGACUGUGGAGUUCACAGCUAAGAUGGUGACCUGGCAGAAGGGAUUCGUUCGAGGGCACAGCUGGACACACCUGCCAAGUGAUGUCUCCAUACCUCCCUCAGCUGCUUUUUCCACAGGCCAGCUCAGCACCACCCCAAAGCAGACCUCCCACGGCCGCCACCAAAGCCUUGCCCCUUCAACAAGCCACCGUGCAGAUAGCCCGCUUUGUGCCCUGUGGACACCUUUGACUUCAACCCCCUCCCAAAAGCUGGGGUGUUCUAAGCACUUAUGAAGACAAAGGGACAGCAAGGGACUGUCCACAGACUAAACCUUGUCCUUAUCCAUGAGCUAAAAAUGUGUGUGUGUAUGUGUGUGCGCAUGUGCAGCAUUGUUAAAUAGCUAACAAUACCUACUAAGCCAAAAGAGAAUAUUUGUGACUCAUGAAAAGGAUGUGAGAUUAAAGUGUCAGGGCCUAUAAAUAAAGUUU